CACCUCCAAAACCUUUACGAGGACCACGACGGCCAACGACGGCCAAAAAAAGAAUGGAGAAAUCGGUAUGCGAGGAGUGCAAGCAGAAUCCUUGGAAGUACAAAUGUCCAGGCUGCUCAAUUCGAUCGUGUGGACUUGCUUGUGUGAAAGCCCACAAGCAGCGAACAGGUUGUACUGGCAAAAGGAAGGCCACCGAUUUCGUUCCCCUCUCUCAGUUCGACGAUAAUCUCCUUCUCUCUGACUACAAUAUGCUUGAGGAAACAAAAAGAGUGGCCGAGUCUGCUCAGAGAAUGAGAAAUCAGCUAUGCGAGUACCCUUAUUCUUUUAAUUUACCCUUCUCUCUUCAGAGAUCUCUUUUGAAGAGAUCUCUUCAGAGACUUCGAUUUGAAGCUCAGAACCGCAGAACAACGCUAUGGUUUCUCCCUAGUGGAAUGUUGAAGAGGGAAAAUAAUCGGACUCGAUUUGAUAAUAGGAGAAAGUGCAUCUCCUGGACAAUUGAGUGGCGAUUCCACUCUACAGAUGUGGUUCUUGUUGACCAUGGAGUUGGAGAAGAUACAAACCUUUGCUCUGUGAUUAAGAAUCAUCUUAAGCCCGGCCCUUGGAUUCACAAGCUCAAACCUUUUUGCGAUGUGGAUCUUGAUUCUCUCAAACUUUUUAUCCGCAAAUACCCAAAGGGUGCUAAGGCUCCUUUCAAGGAGCUGGACAUCAAAGCUCCUCUGAGGCAACAGCUUGCCAACGUAGCUAUCUUAGAGUACCCGGUGAUUCAUGUAUAUCUACCUUCACAGAGCUAUGACUUUAAAGUUAUCAACCAUGUAAACACCACACCUAAUCCUAGUGGCUCCUUAUACGAUGAUGGUCACGCAAGUACACAAGGUAUAACCUUUCGAGAAGAGAAAGUAGGAGAAGAAGACGACAUCGACUCCUUCGAGCCAGUGGUUCUUGAUCUCAUGAAACAAAUGAACUACAACCCGUGUCAGCGAGCCAGCAAGGUUGAGGGCGCGGUUACCGACAGUUCACAUCCUCAGGUUGAUGAUCCGACAGAACAAGGCGAUGAUGCCGGUAACAUGGAGCUCGAGUUUGACCAAGGGUUGAUAGACACAUACGCUGAUCUUUUCGCGGAGAUGAACCCAGGUGAUUAUUUCAACUUUGAAUGUGAAUUUGCAAAAGGAUUUGAUUCAGAUGAUGAUAACUGCCAUCUCCAAAAUCUAGCUACUGAUUUCAACAUUGAUGAACUAGAAGAAGGGGAAAUCGUAGAAUGAUGAUGGGUCGUUUCGGCUCUCGAUUAAACUCAAACCGAAACCACUACAGAGGCUUCUUAUACUAAGCCCUGAGACAUCUCAGGAGUUAGAUAUCCCUCAGUUUCAUGAAGAAACACUAUAAGAGCUGACCGGAUAAUGUAUGUUAUACAGUUUGAUUCAGAACACAGAUAUUUACAUGGGAAACACGAUUCUUAUUUCUA